UCGGCGCAGCUGUGCGGAGGGCGGACGUUGAAGAAGAGAAAGAGUCCGUUGAGCCCCGAGUCUUGCGGGACAGAAUCACUCAGUCUCUUUCGUUGCUUCUUUUUUUGUUUUUGUUUCUCCCCCCGUCUACUUUAAGAUGCCUCUUUGUUUUCGCGCUAAGAAACUAUCGGUAGGAUGUUUAAAUGGUUCAACCGUCCCACUUCGCGGAUGAAUAGGAGCGCGCUGUGUGUUAAAUGUGCUACUUUGUCUCUUUUUCACGCGGGGAGGUUUCCGUGCCCUGGAGGAGCUCUGGCCAACGCCAGGAUAGCCAUGAAGAGCCCAGAACUUGCAGGUUGUCGGCUUGCGGGAAUGCUGGCGAACGCACUGGCUCGGGAGAAGCGUCUGUGGAAGGUUCCAGUCUUCGCAGACGGGCGCAUUCAGGGCACGGACAUAUCUUCGUUUCAGCACCAGGAUGCAGUUCUGUGGUUGGGUGACCUGAGCAAACUGUUUAAGUUCCUUCCAGAAACGUUUGCUCUCGGAGUUUGCAUCCUCAACAGACUUUUAGCGUCAGUCAAGGCACAGCCGAAGUACCUGAAGUGCAUUGCCAUUACUUCCCUGAUUCUAGCCGGAAAAAUCAACGAGGAGGAUGAAGUGAUCGCGUCAGUAAAGGACCUUGUGGUUCAGAGUGGAUGCAACUUCUCGACCGCAGAGAUCAUUCGCAUGGAGAGAAUCAUACUGAACAAGCUGCACUGGGACCUUUACACUGCGACACCAGUCGACUUCGUCCAUAUCGUAAGCGGUCGUCUUUUCACAAUAGACAGAACAGAGGUACACAAACGUACUUUUUUAAGAUGUACUCAUGCAAACACUUCUGCAGGCACAGUGUUGGCUCUAGGUCUUGUGCUCCUGCAGCAUUUGGCACCUUGUAUUGACCUUGUAUUAAAUUAUUGUACAAGUUACUAUUAAGUUAUUUCUGUACACACUGAAUUGCAGACAUUUGCACUGGCCAAGGCACCUUACUGUUACACCAUAAACUGGAAUGUAUAAACCUACAAUAACUGGGAAGUCAUAUUUAGAAAGAAAAAUAAUUUCUCUAUGCACUGCCUGUACCAUCUAAAUACGAAAAUAAAGCUUUAGGAAUCAAAAAUUACUCACUUUUUUUGAUAAAUACGAAGUAAAAAGUACUUCAUUUACUGUUCCAGGUGCAGAAGUGAAUUUGCCUUUGACUAGUUCUUUCCUUUUACCUGUUAACUUCAGAUCCCUGUUUUUUUU